AUGGCGUGUGAUUUAGAAAAGGAUUUUGUUCCCUCACCUUUAACUAUGCCUUCUUUUUUAGUGCAUAAAACUUUGAGCUUCGAUUUGGAUUAUGAGGAAAGAUCAGACGCUCUCUCUGGCCCUCACUGGAAGGCUGAUGGCUCUUCAAUAUCGUCAGACUUAGCAUGUCCUGCAACAUGCAGAUUGCCAGCCAAGGCUCUAAAUAUCAUAUGGGGCAAUGAUCCCCGGUUUUGGCAAUGGUUCAAACUCUCAGAAGAGGAAACAAGGUCAAUUGGUUUCGAUGAAGGCACAAUGCUCCUUCAAGCUAACAGGGUUGAGGUCUCUGGGAAAUUAUCUACAACUUUGUUCAACGUUGCAUUCAGGGAAUAUAACUUUAAUGGAUGCUGUAUCACAGAAUAA